AUGAAACAAGUGAUAACUUAUAAUUAACUAGAUCCGUUUCGAUUUAUUUACAUUUUAUUUUCAGCUUGCUGCUUUCAAAAAUAGCGUAGGCGCGACUGCAACUCCAUCACAAUCAAAUGAAGAAGUUAGUGAAUUGAAAGAACAAAUUGCGAAAUUGCAACAAGAUGCUGUUGAGAUGGAAAAGAAGACAUCAGAAGCUGAGAUGGAUAAGAUCCGCAUAAAUAUGCUUGAAUCGAGAAUGACGAAAAUGACGGAAAAAUUGACUGAAAUCACAAGUGAAAGAGAUAGUUUGAUGCAAAAUAAUAUGAAAUUGACGAGAGAAUUGGAUAAUAAUCGAGCAACUUCAGCGACUGAUGUUGAAUCAUCAAAAGCUGCUUCUUCAUCUGAUCGAUUGAUUAAAACACCAUCUACAGUUGUACCAACUCCAUUGGCUGCUUCGACACCAAAAAAUUUGGAACAACAUACUGAACCAGAUCAAACAUCAGCGGUCAGCUCGCAGAAAGUCCAGAGAGUAAGUUAUCCAUAAGUUUAUUCUUUUUAAAAAAACCUGUUGUUUUCAGACUGGUUUGUUCAGUGGAGUUCAACAAGUUGUGACAAGUCCAUCAUCAAAUCAAAUUCCACCAGCGCCUGCUUCAACUCAAUCCUCUUCAAGUACUAUCAUUGAAAAACGCAAAAUAUUGCCGACAUCUGUUCCGAAUGAACCGGUUGAUGUUAUUCCACCAGUUCCAUCUGAAACUGUUCCAGGUAAAAAUUAUUUUCAAGGGGCUUUGGAAGUUACAAAAUUUGAAAAAAAUUUUAAACGGAAUCUAGUGAUUAUAAUAUAAUUUUUCUAGAUCCAACCCCACCACAAACCAAUUUUGGUCUCCCAAUUCCACCAACAUUCCAAUCGUCUGCACGUGUUCCAACUCAAUCAUUAUUCUCUUCUUCUUCUACAACUACAACUACUGAUAUCUCAACUGGAACAAUCUCAAAAACAUCGGAGAAAAAAUCAUUGCUUCCAAACAUCGAAUCGAGUUCGUCUUCAUUCUCGUUGACAACUCCUUCAUCUUCGCUUUUCGGAGGAAGUUCGCAACUUUUCGGAAAAUCUAGCACUCCAGCUUUGAAUGUAAGUUAGAAAUGUUCUAGAUUUAUUUUCAAAAUAUGUUUUUAGAUUUCGACAAGCUCUUCAAAUGUUUCAAAUGUGUCGAGUGAUAAUAUGGUUUUGCCAGAAGAAAGUGUUGCUGAAGCAGCUGGACAAAGUAGCCAUGUUAGUGGAAGUAUUGAUGAUAACAAUAAAACAUUGGAAGAAGGAGAUUUGGUUACAAAUGGUUGGUUUUUUGAGAAAAAUUAAAUUUUGAAAACAAAAUUAGGCACAAGCUGCGCUUUAGUUAUCGAAAAAUGUUAAUUUUGUGUUUAGAUGGAGAAUCGAGAGAUAGUCAAGUUGUUGGUGGAGUUUCAAGCUCGGAUAUUCGUCGAAAACGCGCGGCUGUUGAAGAUUCGGAUUCGAAUGAUGCAAAAAGACAAAGAGAAUCACCAAGUGAAGCGGUAACAAGCAGUGAAUCGAGACAACAAAGACAUAAUGGUAAAUACUCGCUUUGCCCCCCACAUUUCCUAUUUAUCUUUAUUUUUUCAGUUGCUGAAAUUCCUGAAUUGGACGAUGAAGUUGUUUUAGAUAUUGAGCAAGAAGUUAGUGAUGAAGAUCCAAAUGAAACUAUCAGACAACGUGAAAUUAUGGGAAGAUUGGAAAAUGAUGAAGAAGUAUUGGGAGAUGAAAUGGAAGGAGAGGAAGAAGAUGAUGAAAGUUUUGAUAGUGAUGAAGAAAGAUAUGCUGAAAAUGAUAACGAAGAUAUUGAAGAUAUCAAUGAGGAUACGGCGGAUAGAAAUGAUCAUGUUAUUGACGAAGACGACGAUGUUAUUGUACUUGAUUCGGAUGAUGAUAAUGAUCAAGAAGGAGAAGAAGAUCAGGGAAAUGACGAUGAAGAUGAUGCGGAUACUUUGAAUGAUUUGGAAGAUGAGGAGGAGGAAGAAGAAGAAGAAGAGGAUAACGAUCAAGAUGAGAAUGACAGCGAUGGCAGCGACGGAAAUGAUUCGAUUCCUCCUGGUGAAAUUGUUAUGCAAGUUCUUGGUGGAGAAGAUUCUCAACCAUCGUUGGAUGAUCAAGAUCGAGAAGCGGCUUCGGCUGUUGAAGAAGCGGAAGAUGAGGGAAGAGAUGCAUUGAUGGUACCGAUUGAUGAGACUGUAGCACCAGCUGAUCCGACUGGCGCAUCGUCUGGAAUUGGAAGUUCGGGAGAAUCGCAAUCAGAUGUUCCGAGAUUGAGAAUUCCGGGAAUCGUUAACCUUGAAGAACGAGAUGAUCAAUGCUCGAGCAGGUAGAUUUUUGAUUGGAUUCUUCAAAUUUUUUGUUUUAAAAUGUUUUCUUCAAUACAAGUUUUUUCAGCAAUGAAACUGCAGAUGCUUCGAGCCCAGCAACACAACAAAGAAAUUUGACAGCUCGUAAUAUUGCUCGACUUCAAAGACCAAUGCGUGGAGCAAAACCAUCACGUGGGAUUUAUCAAGUAAAAAGAGGUGGACAAGGACCGAAUGAUGGAGCAGGUCCAUCUGGAACAUCAUAA